UAACGUGGGAGGUGGGUCCCAAUACAACGAUAGGAGAAUCAGAUCAGACCCAUUAAAUCGUCUCAUUAAUUUCUUCAUUCCAAGAAACGGAAUCUGUAAUUAUUGCCGUCUUAAAAUCCCUCUAUUUUCUCUCUCGCACGUGCUACGAUUGCCGGCGAAGCCUGGCAUUUCCAUUUCCCAACCCUCGCACGUGCGUCCAAAACCUCGGUGGUCUCUCCUAUAAGUAACGUGCCUCAUUUUUUCCUUCUUAAGACAGGACUUUUAUUGAUCGGCUUAAGCCCUCAUCUCUGUUGCUCAUUUGACCAUGUCGUCGAUUAAAACCAUUAAAGUCAGCAAUGUUUCUUUAGGAGCAACUGAGCAAGACAUCAAAGAGUUCUUUUCCUUUUCUGGUGAUAUUGAAUAUGUUGAAAUGCAGAGCGAUACUGAGCGGUCACAAAUUGUAUAUGUUACCUUCAAGGAUUCUCAAGGAGCAGAAACUGGUGUUCUUCUUUCGGGAGCAACAAUAGUUGAUAUGUCUGUCAGUAUUACUUUAGCUCCAGACUACAAGCUGCCUCCUGCUGCUUUUGCAUCGCUUCAUGCUACUCAAAAUAAAACUCCCGGUGGUGCUGAUUCUGUUAUUCGAAAGGCAGAGGAUGUUGUCACUGGAAUGCUUGCUAAGGGCUUUAUCUUAGGCAAAGAUGCAGUCAACAAGGCAAAGACCUUUGAUGAGAAGCAUCAGUUAACAUCAACAGCCUCAGCUAAGGUAUCAUCUUUUGACAAGAAAAUUGGGUUCACUGAGAAGAUCAGUGCUGGUACUACUGUCGUUAGUGACAAAGUACGAGAAGUGGAUCAGAAAUUUCAUGUUUCAGAGAAAACCAAAUCAGCAUUUGCUGCUGCUGAGCAAAAGGUCAGCAGUGCAGGAUCUGCCAUAAUGAAGAACAGGUAUGUAUUCACUGGAGCUUCAUGGGUAACAGGUGCUUUCAACAAGGUUGCAAAAGCAGCAGGAGAUGUUAGCCAGAAGACAAAAGAAAAGGUGGUAGUGGCUGAAGAGGAACGAAAAAGAAAAGUGAUCGAUGACUUUGCACAGAUUCAUCUAUCUGAGUCCCCUAAAGCUUCUGCACCAAGUGAACAACCUUCCAAGCAUACACCAGCACAAGGAUUGAUUCUUUGACUUGCUUCAUCUGUAAAUAAUUGUGAAAUUUUGGAAUUGGAUUCUGUGGAAAUGCUGAAUGUGGGGCAAAUCUAUCCCAUAGCAUUUCAUAUAAUUAACCAUCUUCUCGGCCAGAAUGUUGAAUGAAUUGAAAUUUACGUUGUUGUUGGUGAUUCCUUUUAGUUUUUAGCUUCUCAUGGCAAGCCUGUCCUUGAAAAUAAACAUUUUAUUUGCUAAAUAUUUAAUAAAGAAACGUCGCCCACGAAACUGAUUAACUGAGUCGACAUAAAACCUCAAUUUCAGUAACCCACGCCUCCCUUAAGCCCCCCACCCAACUCUGCCUCUUCUGCAAAUACUGGACAUAGCUAUGUUGAUCCAUCGCACACCAUCCAACAAAACCCUCCACCUCCGCUUCUUCUCCCAAGCCGCUCUCGCACUCGACCAACCAUCAGCAUCACCUUCACCUCUAUUUCCAUUGAGCUACCUCGAAGGCUUCGCCAAGCCCGAUCCGAAAUACGCCAAGACUAUACA